UUCACGCUGAAAACGGCGCAUGGACCGUACCAUAGCUUUGGAUCAAUGUCCCCAGAAGCAAGGAGUACUACCGCGUGUUUCACUGAGAACAUCAAAAAGGCCAUUACUUUGGUGUGCAGCUAUAUAAGUGUAAAAAUCCUUUUUUUUUUUUUUAAUGUGGGCUGUGGGCUAUCUCAUGUUUUGGCGGGCAAAAAUGGAGCUGUCACACCUCACUCGUAUAAAUACGAGACGCCCUAACUUCAUCUUGCAACAAACCUCUCUUUCUCCAUAAAAAAAAAGAAGCAGUUUAGCCGGAAAAUGACCAACACCAAGCGGAAAAAAACACUCUGUGACUUCUUUGCUGGAUCUGAUGUACCAACCAAGGGGAAAAGUCAUGACUGUGGACCAAGAAAUGCAAAUCUCAGGGAUGUGGGCAGUAGUAAUCUUGGGAAGGAUCAUGCUAUCAUGGAAGAAACAGCUUAUCGUGCUAUGGCAAAGUUUUUCUGUCAAGCCGGUGCAUCUCCAAAGUCAAUAGAAAAUGUGCACUUCAAAAAAUUUAUUGCCUAUCUUAAUCCAAAAUUUCGUCCUUCAUCUGCCAUUCUCUCACGGUAUUGCUUGGAAUUGUAUGAGGAAGACAAAGCAAAAGUUAAAGAAACUUUGAAAAGCUUGAAUGGACGAGUUAGCCUCUCAGUUGAGAGGCUAACAUAUAACAAAUUCAAUGACUUUAGCUACUGGCCUACCUCAGAUUUUGAGGAAACUUAUUUUGAUUUCAUUUGCUUAAGAGUUCAUUUCAUUGAUGAAGACUGGAAGCUAAGAAGUUGGGUUGUUAGCUUUAGGUCUUUUGAUGCGUAUGACGACUAUGUUGGCGAGACGAUUCAGUGUCUUUUGGAUUUUGGUAUUGAAGAUAAUAUAUGUGCUGUCACUGUGCAUAGCUAUCUGGACAUUGAUGAGACUGUUGAUGCCAUUAAAAGUAAUCUUCUUGAGAAGAAAACACUCCAGCUAGACGGACAAUUGUUUCGUGUAUCUUGUUGUGCUGACAUGUUUAGUUCAUUGGUGAACAAAGCAUUUGGGAUGAUAGAUGAUUUAAUCAGUUACAUUCGUCUGAUUGUAUGUUGGGGAAAAUCACUACCAGUGUGGAAUGUGACAUUUCUUAAACUACAGGAAGCAUUGGAGUUAGAGGCUAAAGGAGAAUACUUGAAAACAGAUGAUUAUAAGGGUUAUGAUAUACCUUCUCCCCAAGAGUGGGAGAAAGUUAGAGGAGUAUGUAAGCUUGUAGGACAUGUCUAUAAUGCAGCAGAAGUGUUAUUUAUGGCAAAACGACCCACUGCAGGCCUCUACUUCCACAAUCUUAAUAAGCUUCGAUUUAAUCUGAUGAAAGAUUCCACUAGUUCAGAUGAAUUUGCUGGAAAUUUAGCCAAUAGUAUGCUGAAAAAGUUUGGCGAGUAUUGGAGGAACAUGUAUUUGGUGUUGGCUCUAGCUACUAUUAUGGAUCCACGCUACAAAGUGAAGUACUUAGAGUUCUGUUUCUUGAAGUAUGGAGGUAAUGAUCAUUCACCGCUACCAUCUAUCUUGGAGGCCAUCCGAAGCCUUUUUAAUGACUAUGUGGUGGACAAGUCCUCAAUGGAGUAUCCUAUGAGCGAUUCAGGUUCUGACGAUUCUGAUACAGGUGAAGAUCUCAUUUCUGAUGAAUUUGAUACGGGUGAAGAUCUUCUUGAACCGGUAGAAGGUCUUGAUGAUCCUAGUUUUGGAUUUGACUGUUCAGAUGAGUUUAGCAAAUUCAUCCAAACAACUAGUCAGCCACCAAAAUCAGAACUUGACUGCUAUCUGGAAGAACCUAUUUUCCCUUGGACCAAGAACUUUGAUGUGUUGAGUUGGUGGAAAGCUGCAAGCCCCAGAUAUCCUGCCCUAUCAAAUUUAGCUCGUGAUCUUUUGUCAAUACAAUUGUCUCAUGUUACGGGCUAUGAGGCUUAUUACACUGAGGUGCGUGAACCUGAUAGAAGUACGACAUCCAUGGAGGCAGAUUUAGUUAAUGCCUUGAUGUCUACUAAAAGCUGGUGUGACAGACAGUGGCGCAAUGCGAUGAAAGCUGAGGGCUCUGUGGCACAGAAUAAGUGAUUUUGGGAGUAACUUUAUCUUUUUGCUGGAAGUUUGAGAUUCAAUAAUCCAUCAUCAGGAUCACUUCCUAUCUGAAAUAGCCAGAAACCUUAAUGGAUAAUGGAAUGUACAUACAAAUAUGUAGUAGAUAUCUACCUAGUCUAUGGCGAUCCUGCUAGUCCUUAGGUGGGAUGCUAGCUACUCAUAGUAUAUUAUUGCAGCCUACUUCUUUUGUCUGUCUACUUCUUCGCCCCGAUUUUAAGUAGCCUUAAAAUCUUUCUUUCUUCAAAUGUUGAGAGAGAAGUAUCAAUAUGGAGAAAAUCCUUGAAAAGUGCUAAGCAGAGGAUUAUCUGAAGGAUGAAUAUGAACUUAUCUUUCGAUGGUAAUUGACUUGGGUUAAUGUUUA